UUGCUGCCCGCAGAUGGAGUACGACUGGCUCGGCUUCGGCUACGCGGCGCUCGUGGCCUCCGGCGGCGUCGUGGGCUACGCCAGAGCAGGCAGCGUCCCGUCUCUGGCUGCCGGCCUCCUCUUCGGCGGCCUCGCGGGGCUCGGCGCUUACCAGCAGUCCAAGGACCCGAGGAACGUGUGGCUUUCUCUGGUGGCGUCUGGAACUUUGGCUACAGUUAUGGGAAUGAGAUUUUACAACUCCAGAAAAGCAAUGCCCGGGCUAAUUGCUGGUGCCAGUUUAUUCAUGGUUGGACGGCUGGGAUUGCAGAUCAUGGAAAAGCCUCUUCAGCCAUAGGUCUGCUGCAAGUCACUUGAAGAUACGUGACUGAGAAGCCUGAAAAUGCAACUGCCUGAAUGCACUGCACAAAAGUGGAAAAGACACUGCUGCCUGUGCACUGUAUUUUUCAUAUCUUAAUGAUCCCCUGUAUUUUUAAAGGGCAGAAGCUGAGAGCCCUUACGUUGUUUAAAACAGUAUUGUCUCAAUCUCUGCUGUAUUAUGAACCAAGAAAAUAAGCAAAUAACGUUGUUUAGUUUCUGGUCCUGCAGCUCAAUGUAGGCAAAGACCUUUUAGCACUUGUGUGCAAACAGUUACAGGACUGAAUCUUUAAGUAUGCAWUUGGAUUUGUCAUUCUGAAAUCUGUUAUAAAGAAGUUGCCAAUUUGUCAUUAAUGUUUACUGUUAAGAAAUGUGCUCAUUCUGUUACCCAUUGUCCCACCAUUUAGCUGCCAAUUUUUUUCUUUCAUMAAGUUUGAGUUCUCUCAGCCAAGGACUUUGUUUCAGCGCUGCAACACACCCGUGGAGCAGAGUGUCAAGGUAACGCAAGGMAUGUAAACCUGCUGCUUACAAUCAUGAGCAAAAGUGCCCAAUUAAAUGUUGUUCAUUCGACUUUUACAGACUGUUGCUUGUAAGAGAAAUUGAAAUAUGCUUCCUCGGGUAACACUGAAGUGCAGGCAUAGCUUUUGU